UUUAAUUAAUUUUUUAGAAAAAAAAUGAGAUGACAGGCAUGGAAGGUUUCAAGGUUUUUAUUGCACACGAUCACCACAACAAGGACAAGGACAAAGAGAAGUAGUAGAAAGUGUAUUUUUGGAUGAUUGUCUCCAUCGCACGAUCUUUUUCCUGAAUUUCCGCCCAUUUUUCCCCACUUCUCAACCAACCCUAAUCUCCAAAUUAAGCUUUUUCAUUUUCCAAAAAAGACAACAAAAACUUUUAUACUUUUUUUUUUUUUUUUUUUGGUGGAAGAAAAGAAACAGCGUAAUUAGCUCUGUCCGCGUCUCCGGUAAUCGGCAUUUUGUCCAAGUGGAAGACAACGACGACGAACAAGAAGAAAACGGUGGAGGAAGAGGAAGAGCAUUCUUCUCCGUCUCUUUCUUUUCCCGCAGACGAUAUGCAUUUCGCCAAGCUCGAUGAUUCUCCCAUGUUUCGCCAACAGAUGCAAUCUAUGGAAGAGAGUGCGGAGUUGCUCCGACUGCGAUGCUUAAGGUUCUAUAAAGGUUGCAGAAAAUACACGGAGGGGCUUGGAGAAGGGUAUGAUGCAGAUAUUGGCUUUGUAAAUGCACUUGAAUCUUUCGGAGGAGGCCAUAAUGAUCCUGUUUGUGUUGCUUUUGGAGGUCCUGUAAUGACAAAAUUCACUAUUGCUCUACGAGAAAUCGGGACAUACAAGGAAGUACUUCGUUCUCAGGUAGAACACAUGCUGAGUGAUCGGUUGCUUCAAUUUGUGAAUGGUGAUGUCCACGAAGUUAAGGAAGCUCGUAAACGGUUUGACAAAGCUACCAUUACAUAUGAUCAGGCACGAGAAAAAUAUCUUUCAUUAAGGAAGAGCACACGAUUGGAUGUGGCUGCCACAAUUGAGGAGGACCUACAUAGCGCAAGAACGACAUUUGAGCAAGCCCGGUUUCAUCUGGUUAGUGCACUCUCUAAUGCAGAGUCUAAAAAGAGAUUUGAGUUUUUGGAAGCAGUCAGCGGGACUAUGGAUGCUCAUCUCCGUUUCUUCAAACAGGGAUAUGAACUACUACAUCAAAUGGAGCCUUUUAUUAAUCAGGUGUUGGCUUAUGCACACCAGUCUAGAGAAUGUGCAAACUAUGAGAUGGCAUCACUUAAUGAAAGGAUGCAGGAAUACCAAAGGCAAGUUGAUCGUGAAACUAGAAACUCCUGUGUUUCUCCAACAGGGGAUGGCAUGAGACAUAACUCAAGAAACUCCCAGAAAGUCAUCGAGGCCGUGAUGCAAUCUGCUGCAAAAGGAAAGGUUCAGACUAUCAGACAAGGGUAUCUGUCUAAACGUUCCUCAAACUUGAGAGGUGACUGGAAAAGAAGAUUCUUUAUCCUUGAUAGCCGUGGGAUGCUAUACUAUUACCGCAAGCCAUGGAAUUGGUCUUCAGGAAAUGGAAGUCGCUCUGUUGUUCACAGGAAUAUGGCUUCAGAAAACAGUCCUGGGCUGCUAAGUCGGUGGCUGUCUUCUCAUUAUCAUGGUGGUGUGCACGAUGAAAAACCAGUGGCACGUCACACCGUCAAUCUGCUGACCUCAACGAUCAAAGUUGAUGCAGAUCAGACCGAUCUAAGAUUCUGCUUUAGAAUAAUUUCACCAACAAAAGUUUAUACAUUGCAGGCAGAGAAUGCACAGGAUCAGAUGGACUGGAUCGAAAAAAUAACUGGAGUAAUUGCUUCUUUGUUGAGUUUCCAAACACCUGAAAGAGCAAUCAUGCGUCUCUCUACUGUGGACGGAGGUGAUACUUUCUCUGCAAGUGAUUCUGGUUCUUUAGCAGAUCCUUAUGAUAUCGAACAGGCAGAAAGUGGAGAAUCCACAGUGGAACAUCCCAUGACAGGAGGAAACCGUUCGAGGUUCUCAGGGUGCUUGCAGCAACAUGAUAUGGUAAAGACUGAAAAGCCAAUUGAUGUCUUGACAAGGGUAUUGGGUAAUGAGAGAUGUGCAGACUGCGGUGCUCCUGAACCUGAUUGGGCCUCUUUGAACCUCGGUGUCCUUAUUUGUAUCGAGUGUUCUGGUAUCCAUCGUAACCUUGGUGUUCACAUUUCAAAGGUCAGAUCGCUCACUCUUGAUGUCAAAGUAUGGGAACCAUCGGUCUUGACGUUAUUCCAAUCGUUAGGUAAUGUAUAUGUAAACUCAGUGUGGGAGGAGCUGUUGAACUCGGAGAGUAGAACUUCCAGUGCUAGUAGAUCUUCGGGCACUCCCAAGUCAGAUCGACCAAGAAAGUUGCUUGUAAGGAAGCCUGGUUUCAAUGAUCCCAUUUCGGUGAAAGAGUUGUUCAUCCACGCAAAGUACUCAGAGAGGAUUUUUGUCCGCAAAGCAAUAGACAGUCAGCAUUUUCAGGCAGUUUUCCAAGAGAUAUGGGAGAAUGUCCGUGCCAACGACAAGAAAUCAGUUUACAGGCACAUUGUCUGCUCUGAAGCAGAUGUGAAUGCUCUACGUGGUCAAGCAUCAUACACUGUGUCUUUGCCCUUAUCAAAGAUGAUGCAAAUGGAGGAAACCCUUGAAGCGAAAUUCAAGAGCAUUGAAGAGGAGUUUCAAGAGAAUCCAGCGGGAUAUUCUAACUCAAGAGGUGACGGGGAAAGUAUGGUCAGAGAAGAAACUUCAAACGACUGUUCUUUGCUUCACCUUGCUUGUCUUUCUGCGGAUAUCGGUAUGGUAGAACUAUUGCUUCAAUAUGGCGCAAAAAUAAAUGCAACAGAUUCAAAAGGUCGGACUCCACUUCAUCAUUGUAUCAUCAGCAGGAGAUAUGCAAUUGCAAGGUUGCUACUUAUGAGGGGAGGAGAUCCAAAUGCUGUGGAUAAAGACAGUAACAUACCAGUCAAAUAUGCUUCACAGACAGACCUCAAUGAUAGCGAACUGAUUGCUUUAUUAACAGACUCCAAAAGAUGAUAACACUGAUGAAUCGAAUUUGACCAUUUCAUUUGCUCAUCACAAUGAAAGCAGAAUGGUAUAGCACUAGAAGAGUGUUGUUUGACUCAACUCUUUUCGCCUUUUUCCGCCUUUUAGUUCGUUCCAUAUUCUUUUCUUUUUUUGGCCCAUAUAAUCAGCAACUUGUCAAUGAGGAGCUUAGAGAAUACAUGUAGAUUUUCUUGUUUUGCUUGUUAGGUUGAUAUACUUGUUUAUACUCUCUGGUGUACAUAUGGUCUUUUUAUGGGUUGUAUGUUCUGUAAGAUGAAAACCUCUGUUUGAUUUCACUAUGAGAUACAUUUUUUUGUUCUUUUUCUGUAAUGAAAGACAAAGACACCAAUUGUGUUCUUCUGUUCAGAGAUCUAUGUUUUCAGGCAGAAUUUUUGGUUUAGCCCAUUUAAAAAAACUUGCUUUAAAUCACCAGCCAGAUUUUGAUAUUGAUGAAUAAAUAACUUAAUAUAAGUUGAUCAUCAUAGUAACAUUCGCACACCAAAAUCUUUUUAUAGAUAAAAAAAUCAGUAUAAAACUGUCAUCUCUGUUCUUCAACAGGAUUUUUCCGAGACUAAGAAAACAGAGGAAGUUGCAGAAUAAAUUGCUCCCAUGCGUCUCCUUUUCAUCGUCAACUUCUGAUUGUCGUCAUCGUAAUGGAAACUGCUCCCAUGUAAAUCAAUGGGAUCCAACAUGUCUAGCUGAAGGCAAACCGUUCUGAAGUAAAUGAAUUGGUCCAGAAGAGUUUAUGAGCAGACACAAAUUGUUUCAGGAACAGCACCUCCAGAU